AUGAGGCUGAAUCGCAACAUUGACCUAUUACAUCAGAAAUUUAUACUAGAUUGUGCAAGUGCAAACAUAGGCCCUACACUGACUUUUAAGUUACUGAAUGAGGUUCUUGGUGGGCUGGAUUAUGUUGGUUGCACGGUUGUAGAAAUUAGAAACUAUAGGCGCGACUUGAGAGCAUAUACUAGUGGGGCAGGUGCACAAAUGGUACUUAAUGAGAUGAGCCGGAAGAAAGAGAAUUGUCCAGCAUUCACCUAUGAUUUGGAGGUGAACUCUAAGGAUAUGCUCACUCGUCUUUUCUGGUGUGACCCCAUUGCUAAGAAGAAUUUCCAUCUCUACGGUGAUAUAGUAUCGUUUGACACAACCUAUUCAACUAAUAGGUACUGCAUGAUAUCUGCACCGUUCACAGGAAAAGACAACCAUGGGAGACCUAUAGCAUUUGGUGCAGGCUUAUUAUCUAAAGAAAAUGCUAAUUCCUUCACAUGGUUGUUUGAACGUUUUGUCAAAUGUAUGGGUUCUGCACCAAAAUUGAUCAUUACUGGUCAGGAUUUGGGAAUGAAGGUUGCUGUGGAAAGAGUCCUUGUUGAUACAAGACAUCGAUGGUGCAUGUGGCACAUCAUGUUCAAGGUUGUGGAAAAGUUACCAAAGAAUCUACUUGGCAAUGAAGACUUGAAAAAGGAGUUAAACAAUUGUGUGUGGUCUGAGUUGAUAGAGCCUGAAGAAUUUGAUGAAGAAUGGAAUAAAGUAAUGGAAAAAUAUGGGCUUAAGGACAAUGAGUGGUUUUCCUCGAUGUUAAACCUCACGGAAAUUUUGGGUAUGUAUCCUUCUUUGGAAACAUAUUUUCUAUACGCUGAAGUGCCUGCAUUCUUUAGGGAUUUUCCAAUGAAUUCACUAAUAAAGACCACAUCAAUAUCUAAAUCUCAAAACAUAUUCUUCAAGAGGUACUCCAAGUCUCGUUCUAAUCUUGUUGAAUUUCUUAUGAAUUACAACAAUGCAUUGGAUGGCCAAAGGAGCAACAACAAUAGGCUAGAAUACUUGGAUUUUAACACAAUUCCAACUUUGAAAACAAAUUCAGCCCUCGAGAAGCAUACUUCGACAAUAUAUAGUGAUAGUGGUUUCAAACUAAUUCAAAGUGAGAUUGAGGAAGCAGUUGACAAUGUCACUAUGGUGACAGUGUCAAACAUUGGUGAGAAUGAGAUUUAUGUAGUCAACGAAAAGUUCUCGAAGAACUGGACUGUGUCAUACUCCACAUCUUUUGAUUCAUAUGCAUGUAGUUGUAAGAUGAUUGGGAGGAUUGGGCUUGUAUGCAGUCACAUUUUUUGGGUCUUGAGAAACAAAAAAGUGAAAUUAAUCCCUAAUGAGUUACAUGGAGAACGCUGGUUGAAGUCUAAAUUUGUCAAGGAUGUGGAUUGUAGGUUUGAUGAUGAUAUUGAAACAUUUAUUGUUGUGGAUGAGACGAAGCAGGAGAUAGGGAUAUGCAUGGAGAUUUUUAUGAUAUUGCACGGCUUAUUGAAUGAGAUGGUGAUAAAAUUCGAGCAUAUAGACAAAUUAUGGCUGAAGGGAGAAAAGAAGUACUUGGUGAGGGAAAUGUGUUGUCAAUUAGUGAAAAGAGAUUAA